AUUUUUAGCAUAAAUGUCAGAAACCUUAUGCCCAGUCUGCUAUUGAAACAAUCUUAAUGAUAAUAGCAAGCUACAUUGUGGCUUUGAAGUUUGAGAGGAGUGCGUGGUUAAUUGGGUAAAAACAGAGGCGAAAUAUGAUUUUAUCACUGCUGGAGACCCCACAAGGAGCGUCAGCGAUGCUAUUUCUAAGCAAGAAGGCAAAAAUUACUCUACCAUCAUUGAGACAAUCAAAUGUAUUAACAUAAACUGCCAAAAUGGAGAAGAUGAAGAAGCUGAAGAAAAAGAUAUAGGGAUUUUACAUAGACUUACUUAUGAAGAAUGUCUUGAUUUUGUCCAAAAGUCUCCUGACCAAAAGUACAGAGACCUUUUCUCCAACGCAAUGUUGGAUCUGUUAGUUCCUAACAGUAGGUCAUCCAUUAAAUGCCCCAAACAAGGAUGUGAAUAUGUUGGGUACGUAAACUUGAGAGAUAAAUGUAAUGCAGAGAUAUCUUGCGAGCUUUGAGGCUAUUCUUGGAGAGAGCCAGGUCUCACUCCAUUUAGCUCGAAAUUAUUCAACUGAUUAUGAAGCUGGAAGUCCAACUUAAACCUUUUUACAGAACUUCAGAAAGUCAUCAGAGCCCAAGCCUGCCCAGGAUGUGGGAUUAGUAUUAUUAAAGGCCCUGGAUGCAAACAUAUGGUUUGCCAAAAAUGAGAAAAAGAGUUCUGAUGGAUCUGUCUCGGUGAUUAUCCUGGAUACAGACACCGAGGUGUUCUAUUCUGUCCUUUCAGAUUGAUUCUGAAGAUAUUAAUCUGGCUCUGGCUGAUUUUAUUCACUGUGAAUCUUAAAUUUAUAAUCAUAUUUCCUGCAUACAGAAGGUUCACAGAAGAUGCUAUCAAGUGGAUUGGAAUCUGGUUGCUUGCAAAUAUCAUGAUGAUAUCAUUAGGCUUGGCUCUUAUAUGGUACCAAAUUGCAAAGGACAGCUUUGAGUAUAGAGGGGGAUGAAACACAGUAAUGUACUAUUUCUUAAGACUACUCUCGCUUAUCUGGCCUCUUCUUUGGUGAGCCAUGUGGGCAUCCACUUAUAUCUUUUGGGAUCUUGGUAAAUCAAUGCUAUGGAUUCUGCUAUGGCAAACAGUUGCUCUUAUUGGGCUUGCUAUUAUUGCCUUUCUUGUUUUUAUUAUUUCAAAAUGUAUUAAGCAAAAGCUGUAUGUGAGAAGACAAAGAAUUAUGUACGAGCAAAUUCAAGCAGCUAAUGCAUCAAAUGCUGGUUAUGGGGACUCCUUGGUUGACAAUCAAUAUUAUGAUGAAAAUGUUCUAGGUGUGAGACAGGAAUUUAUAAAGUCAGAACCUCCAAACCAAGAUUCGUUAACCCAAAAGAGUUUUAAAAGAUGUAAAAGAACUAACUCAUUCGAAGCUUGGGAGGCUAACGUCCAUGCUGAUCAAAGACUUGAGGAAGAGCCCCAAUACAACAAUGAUUUACUUAGACUUCUAGGCAACAAUUUACCAAAUGAUUCAAGCAAUCCUCUUCUUGAAAUAGAUGCCAUAAAGCCCAGAGCUAACAAGCGUAGAAAUUCUAUUCAAGGGAUCUACACUUUCAAUUGGGAAAAAGAUAAUAAAGAGAAUAAUAAAGAGCCAGAGGAGCGGAAAUCUCUUUUAUCAGUAUCAGAUUCAGGAGAUAAUGAAUAUUCCAUACCAGUUGCACCCCUGAACGAGAGACCUCCUUCUUCUAUACCAGAUAUCCACCAAAUUCCCCCUAAGGAAAUCUAUUCAGAUGAAGAUAUUAGCUUUUAGGCUUUUUUGAUUAAUAAUAGGUUGUUU